GUAUCUUCAAUGCAUGCUUCCGUUAUGGUGCGCAACACUCCCCAUGCGUGUUUUGCAUAGCAAUGCAGUUUCAACACAGCGAAGGCCUUUCCUUUCCGCAAGCCGAUGUGGGCAGGUCCUGCUUUGCCUGUCCUGCUCUGCCUGACAUUAAGGCAUCACAACCUCGCCCGCUUCCGAGCCGUCUUACACCUACGCAUGACAGGGCGCUGGGCCCCAAGGUGGCCUCCGCUCCUAGGCCCUAUGCCACCUCAGCAUGCGGCACCCAGCGGCGCAAGCGGAUUGAGCGAGCGGUCGUAUCCUUCCCUACCGGAAGAACAACGGCAUCCAGCGCUGACCCUGGCAACCCUGGUAGCAUCCCGAGCUGCAUGGCGGGGUGUGCUGCAGCUGUCCGAAAGUGCCGUACAGGGUGCUGGGCACUGCAAGCAGGCAGGCGGGCGACGUGACAACCUGUCCAUGAAGGGGUAGUGCAGACGUCGUCUACAGUACCCCUUGCGUAGCGCCGCGCCCCACUACCUGCUAUCUCGCUGUUCGGCAUGGUCCGCGGCAUGCUGACGGGCGCGGGUUACAGCGAGCGUGAC